AUGUUCCGUUGUGCGCAGUGCGACAAAUCAUACCAGCGAAAAGCGCAUUUACUUCGCCAUGAGUUAACUCAUUCCGGCCAGGCCGCUUCCACGUGCCCCUUUUGCAACAAAUCUUUCUUGAAACCAGAGGUCGCCCGGCGACACAGUAAAGCAUGUGCAAUCAAAUACAACCAACAGCCUGCCCCGGCAGCCAAGCCCGGGCGGAAAAGGCAGUCCUGCGAUCAAUGUUUCGCUACGAAAAGGGCGUGUGAUAAAGGUUCACCGUGCUCUCGUUGUCGUUCGCUCGGACAGCAAUGCACAUUCGAGUCGCAGCAAGACCUUUCAAUAGGAAGUCCCUGCUCCACUGACGUCUCACCAUCGCCAUCAGGGCACCCGUCUACUCCACCAAAGGAGGAAUCGCAGUUUUCGUUCCUUCGGCAUUUCACUGACCCCUGUGUGGAAAGAGACAGACUCGCAAUCGGAACAACAGCAGAAUGUUCUGUCCGGAGAAAUCUCGAAAGCCUCUACUCCCACCUCGAGGAUGCGCUAGUACCGCCUGAUCCUAUGGCGGCUACUUUCGGUGACAUCCCAGGCACCGAACUGUUCUUCCGUCCUCCAUUGAUUACGGACGAAUAUUUCCCUACUGAUCUUCUAAGCUAUGGCCCUACAAAGCUCUCAGAGCAGCUGCACGAACUGAUGAUGGAACUGAUUGAGACUUCAAAAUCGAUGAAACUUAAUGACACUGAGGAUCCACAGCUGCAACUCGAUAUCGCACAGUUGGCUCCACUAUUCACAGUAUCUAACGUUGCGAUUUUUAUCUCAGUAUUUUUCCAUUCUCUCUAUUGGCAUCUGCCGGUCGUCCACUUUCCAACAUUCGACCCGGGCAACGUUUCCAACCCACUACUGCUCUCAAUCUUUUUAACCGGUGCAACAUAUAGUAGUUCCUUAGAUGAAGCAUCAUUAUUACCCCGGGUUUUAGACGUGGCCGAAGAGCAUGUAUUCCGGAAGAUCACAACCCUCUCAACACAGGUUGCCCCACCCACUCACGACCUUACCCGUCAAAUACCUACCAUCCAGCUCCUCCAGGCUGCGCUAAUUAUUGAAAUGCUCCAAUUUGGCCAAGAACGUGUUGAAACAAGACGCCGCAUUCGUAUCAUCCGUCAUCCCAGUCUGGUGUCUCUUAUGCGUUGCUUGGGAAUCUUCCAGCUCAAGCGGUCCACGUCUCCAACGGUCUGCCCUGGGGACGAUAAUACAUGGAGAGCAUUAGUGACAGAGGAAGUCUGUAUACGACUGGCAUCCUGGACCUUUCUCGCGGACGGUUUCCUUACGGUAUGCUUCAAGAACCGACCCACCAUAUCGAUCUUCGAGAUGGAAUGCCCCUUCCCAUGGAGAACAGAGCUAUGGGAAGCCGAAAAUGCAUCUGCCUUCAGUCGCAUCGCGGCAACUGAUGGAGCCAAGCUCCCAAUGCCUUCCGUAAGGGAAGCAAUCCGGCUGUUACUCGAUAAUUCCGAGCCCGGACCCGUACCGUCCAGUCUCCCGCUUUCCGCAGAGCAUCUAUUGAUCAUGAUAUACGCAUUGAAUUCCCUUGCAUUCCUAGCCAGAACCGACUUCUUCGGCUCCGUGCCACUGAAGAAAAUAAAAUCCGCCGCCAACAAAUGGAAACAGAUCUGGAACUCGGUAUACCAGGAUACAAACAACGACCAAAUGCUCCUCCUGGGGUACCCCAAACACGCAGAAGAGCUUUGGCUCCUAUUAACAGCGAUGCUUGACAUCGCCACCGAGAAUUCCACAAAGCUCCCGUACCUGGACAACGCCGCGACAGAUGAUCUAGGCAAGCUGAACGAAUUCAUUCAAUGGUGUUGUCGAGAUACAUAA